AUGUCUUCAGAUGCAAAACCGCAAGCUCGUAAGCGUGGCCGGCCUGCGAACGCGUCCAAACCUGCUGUCGCCAGCGCGUCGCAAGAUCGACCAGACGAGUACGAAGCCGACGUUGACGAAAUCGCGCGUCCGAAGCAACGAGGACGACCAAAAAAACAAGUCACAGAAGAUGCGCCAGAGGAAUCUGUAGAGCAGGAGGACAAACCUCGAAGGAAACGUGGUCGACCAUCGCUAGAAGACAAAAAUGCAGAAAAGUCAGCAGAAGAGGCGGCGCAACCGAAGAGAAAACGCGGUCGACCUUCACUUGAGAAGAAUAAGAAUGAACAAGAGGCUGAGCAAGAACCGAUAGAUGGUACAACGAAGCCCAAGAAGAAACGCGGCCGGCCUUCAUUAGAGAAGCAGAACGAGCCAGAAGAUGAGCAAGAGACAGCAGAAAAUACAGCUCAACCGAAGAAAAAGCGAGGCCGUCGUGCCGUUGAAACGGAACAAAAUGACAAAGAGCCCGAGAAGGAACCAGUUGAGGAGUCGGGAAAAGGGAAGCGAAAGAAGAAGACCAAAGAGAAGCAGAUCGAACAGCCAGAUGAGCCAGAAGGGCAGCCAGAGGAAGAACCUCGACCGCGCAAAAAGGGCCGCAAGCCAGCUCAACAGCCCGAGCCCGAACCUGAACCCGAAGAAGCAGAACCAGCACCCCGGAAAAAGCGACAGCGCAAGGCCCAAGAAGAGCCAGAACCACAGGAGGAAGAGCAACCACGACGAAGUCCACGAACUUCUUUAAACGAUCUCGGUAAAGACGCCAAUAACAAGGGCCGCAAGGGAGACAAAGCCAGGAAGAAGGAUCGCACAUCACGGGAAAAUGUCGAGGAUCAACAGCCAAACGAAACUACCAAGAAAUGCGGUCGACCGAACGGUGGAAGACCAUCUGCGGAGAAGGUAGACGAACCACAGCCCGAAGAACAAGAACAAGAUACGAAUGCCAAAAAGAAGCGCCGCAGUAAAAACGAUGCCCCGUCCGACUCGGAUGAGUCCCUCCCCUCUCCCGAAAAGGCAUACCUUCACAUCGCCCCCUUCAAACGCACCAUCCGCUCAUCCACCAUCGCCGCAAAAUGGACACCCCUAUCCGGCUCAUCGCUGCCCGCCGCGACAUCAAUCCUUACGCUCGCCCACCAGCCCAUCCUCUCGCGCACAUCCACCACGCAGAACCGGCGCACCCACGCCUCCUCAGCUCUGCACCUCGUCUCGCGGCGCAUAGAGCGCAAACUCGCCCGCGGUCUGCCCUUCCCCCCUGCGUCCUCCACGACGACGACUACGCGGCGUCGCGCGGAUGCUGAUGGUGGUCGCGCGAUGGAGCUUGACUUCGAGGCUGUUCUGGAUGGCAAGACGGCGUUGGACAGACAGCUUGUGCCGGCGCGGCAUGCGGUGGAGCUGUUGAAGGCUGAGAGGGAUAGGAUGGAGAAGGAGCUGGAUAAAGACUAUGAGGAAUUGAGGAGGCUGGAGGCUAAUGCGAGGGCGCAGACAAGAGAACGAAAGGAUCUAUUCCGAAAGGCGCAUGUUCUAGCGCCAACGUCACGGCCCACGAGUAAAGACCAGGACACGGCUUUUGUCCCUGGUAUCAAAGACGAGGGAACUCUCAAAGACCUCGUCGAUACACCUCUAGAGCCAUUAGCCAUCCAACUUGCCGGCCACGUCGAGAGCAUCCGUGGUAAUCUACAACAAGCAGAAGGAGUGACACCGCAACUGAACAGCACGAAGGCUGCGUUGCAGGAUGUGCUCCAUCGAUAUCUAGACAGUGAGUCUUAUGAGCAGGUUGUCUUUGGAUAA